GUCUACGUGACUUGAUUAAUCACCUGUCCGCAUGAGGGCGCAGCGAAUUUUGUAAACAAACCUGUAGGUGAGCAAUUAAAAACGCCCAAAUUCUUUAUAUUAAUAUGAAAUUGCCUGGAGAGGAGGUUUUAGAUGCAGCUGGAUGUGGUGACUUAGCAAGUCUUAGACGCUAUGACAAAGAUAUAUUGACUGACAACUUGUGUGAUGGCUCAGGGUGUAAUUGUCUACAUUAUGCAGCCAGGCAGGGUGGGGCUGACAUUCUUGAAUUUUUGGUGAAGGAAAGAGGAUUCCUUGGAUAUAAAAGAUCCAAUGUGGGGGCCACAGCAGCUCAUGAUGCAGCUGCAGCCGGGAACCUUGAAGCAUUAAAAUGGUUACUACAGUUUGGUGGAUGUUCUGUUGAUGACCAGGAUGGUACAGGGGCGACUGUAUUACAUCUGGCAGCAAGGUUUCACCACACUGAUAUAACAGAAUGGUUACUAGAUGCCAAACAAGCAGACGUUUCAAAACGGACAGCAAGUAACGGUCUCCCGUUACAUUUUGCAGUAGUUGGGGGAGAUUACGAUGCUGUGAAAGUUCUUCUUGAUGAAGAUCCCACGUCUGUGAAUUACCAGUUAAGUAAUGGUGCAACAGCCACAUACCUAGCAGCUCAACAAGGUCAUCUUGAGAUUUUACGUUUACUCAUACAGGAUUAUAGAGGAAACGUGAAAAUGAAAGCGUAUGACGGAAUGUCCAGUGUUCAUGCAGCCGCACAGUCAGGACAUCUAGACUGUGUGAGAUUUUUAGUUGAUGAAGAAAAAUGUAACUCAAAUGAUAGAGAUUUUGAUGGAGAAACCCCUCUUCAUUAUGCAGCUAGUCAAGGUCACGCCCUUGUUAUUGAUUGGUUGAUGAAAAUGGGCGGAGCUAAAGUGACAUUAGACAACUUAGGGGGCAGUCCCCUGCAUAACGCUGCAGAGUGUAAUCAAAUAGAGUGUGCCAAAGUGUUGAUAAGUAACGGCUGCAGCCCAGAAAUUACGGACAACAACGGACUGACGGCUGCGGAAUUAGCCCGUAAAUGCUACAACGAAAAAUGCGCUAAUCUCAUUGAAACUUUUCAACCCCAAAGUCAGUUUUUGAUUGACGAGGACGUUGCCUAUCUACAUUCUGUGCAAAGUCCGAGACCCGGCACUCAACACGAGCCUUCUGUUGUAACCAACGGUUAUGGUGAAUACCAGACGGUGUCUGACGUAACCAACGGUUACGCUCCAAAUUACCCAUCAUACAAUACUCAUAAUCACCAGGAAAAUCAUCAGGUCGGUCGAAUUGUAAACGGUACUCAAAAUCAAGUUAUUCAGGUCACAGUGCAUUCUGGGACAAAUCAGCAAGACGAGUCACAGGGAAGACUGAGCCCAGUGCAAGCUACAUCUCCAGUAAACUUCCGACAAGGACCAGCCUUGCUAGGUUCUGCACUUACAGGAAGUUAUACUGGUUCCUCUGUGAAAACGGUAGACAGGAAGUGGAUGAGACCGGCUCAGUUUCUGCUCGAGCUGACUCGACGAAUUUCCUGUCGGUAUCCGAGAAAUUUCUCUCAAGAUUGGUCAGUGGAACCAGAACGUAAUCAGUCUGGUUCCAGUUCAUCUCUUAGCUCUCUAUCUCAUCUGGAUGAUGCUAUAGCAGUUGCAACACAGGAAGUGGAGAGAGACAAGGUCUCCCAGAAUGCAUCUGUAUACAGGAAGUCAGAAAAACAAAUGCUCUUACCAACUCAGAAUCAAAAUAUUGUGGUAGAAAAACAUCCAUACUCAUCAACUGUUUUUCAAAGUCAGCAGAUAAAUAAGAGAACUGACUUUCUUUUACAGGGACCAAGAGAACCAAAAAGUGUAAAAUUUCAAGCUAAAACUAGUUAUAUUAAACCUGAUUCUUUAAAAAUGGAUGAAACAGUCAAAGAAGAAAAUGCUCGAAAUGAGAGAGAUAGUAUGUCUGUUAAAGUAUCCAAAACAGGAAAUAAUACUGUUGACAAGGAAAUAGUGAACAGUAAUGGUUACCACGGUGAAGAUGUAGAAGAAAGCAAGGUUGGAAAUGGUGUUCAUGAGAAUAGUGGGUCUGUAAUAUUUACUCAACAUGUAACAGAUAUUUAUACACACACUGCACAGCAGAAUGCUAGAAGUCAUGUGACUAAUUUAGAAAUGCUCAGAGUUAACCUGCAUGCAAUGGUGAAUGGGAAUCACACCCUCCUUGCAACUGGUGAUGUUUAUCUGGCUGAUACAACACCCAGUACACAGCAGGUCACGCCCUCUGCUCCUCCUAUUUCCCCUCCCCCACCCCCACCUGUUACCUUGAUACCUGAACAAGACAAUGUGUCGCAACCAAUAGGACAUGAUUUCAAAAUGCCCUCCAAAAAUGCACCCCAAAUGCUUGGUUAUGGGAAUCAGACUUCUUUAGUGUCUCCACCCCUUUCUUCUCACCAAACUCCUCCCACUUCAACUGGACCCACCUUUCAGCAUGCAAAUGAUAACCAAGAGCAAAAGUUUCCACAAUUUACACCACCUGCACAGCAGCUUGGAAUAGGAAACCAGCAAGCUUUUGUACCACCACCGCCUCCACCACCACCAGAGGCCGGGAAACAGUCAGUAAGAAACUCUGUGUCUGAUGAAAUCAAAAGAAAGUCUGCUUCUUUACCUGCUAGACCUGUCGCCUUAUUUACUGCGGAGAUGAUGAAAUCUCAACGAAGCACACUUACACCUGCCCAGGCAAGGACGGCUAUUGACAAUAGUUCUAAGAGUGAUUUUAUAACUGAAUUGAAGCAGGCAACCAAAGGUCCUGCCUUACGUAAAACCUCUAAAAGUUCAGAACCUGGGGCAAAACCUUUGACCCCAGCUUUGACCUUUACCUCGGGACUGAAGACUGUUGCCAAGGGCAAUAAUGCCAAUGGAGAUUCAAAGGACUCAAAAUUAGAAUUAACUGGUGAAUGGGACCCCAAAAAUUUUGUGGACAAAGUGCCGAACAGAAAUGACCUUCCUGCCUGGAAAGUCCAGCUUCAGGCUCGACAGAUUGCUGAGAAAGCUAUGAAAGAAACCCUGGAAGUCAGGAAGAUUGAGGAGCGAGAGUCUAGGUUUAAGAACAUGCCUGCGUGGAAAAGAGCACUUGUGGAGAAAAAAGAAAAAGAGGCAGAGGCCAGACUUGAGGAAGAAAAACGUUUACAAGAGCAGCAGCAACAGAAAAAGGCGGGAAAUAAACGUGUACCAGCAGUGAAUGUUCAGCCGAAAACAGGAGAUAGCGGCACGUUAGCCCCAUGGCAACAGGAAGUUCAACGAAGAUAAAAUCUUCAUCCCUGACAAUUAAAUGUGUAUUGCAUACAUGUAUAUUAAGUGUAUUAAAGUCAAUUUAAGUGUUCUUAAAAGAAACUCGAGACUUGACUUACGAGUUAAGAGAUUGUAUUACAUGACUUAACCUAGUUAAGUGAAAUUCAUUUGAAAUCAUCUUAAUUGUAUAAAAUGAAAGUUUAACUCAAAUUUUACUGAAGU